AUGGAAUAUUCAUUCAAAUUCCCGCUCAUUUUGGGUUUUACUUUGAUUUUCUUCUUUUCGUCGACAAGUAUCUGUCAAAAUUGUCCGGUGCCAAGUAAAUAUUCGGAUAUCUUCAAUGCCUGUGUCGAAGCUCGAGCGGAGGCGUUACCAUAUGAAGAAUCGGAACGAGCUUGCAUUGAUAAUUUCGGUGAAAUCAUUUCAAUCCACAAUGCAUUCGAGAAUACGGCCGUUGCUGAGCUAGCAAAAAAUUACGGACAGAAUGGUCGAAUCUUUAUUGGUUUACAAAAGUACGGUAACGCGUGGAGUUGGAGUGCAAGUGGAGAGCUUGAUUAUGUGAAAUGGGGAGGAGGAGAGCCAAAAAAGGGAAAUUGUGCUGUGAUGGAUUCAGCCGAUUCCUCUUGGCACACCGUUGAUUGUGAGCAGCCAUUUGGUCGUAUUUGUGUCCUCGAACCAAAAACUUGCUAUGAUGAUUGGAGCUACUAUCCAGUUACAGACUUCUGUUAUUAUCACGGAUUCAACAAAACCUUCAAUGACGCUGAAGAUUUUUGUCAGACAUUUGAUGGACAUCUUGCAUCAAUUCACAGCAAUGAUGAGAAUCAGUAUAUUAAAGACUUAACAUACUCAAAGGAAUGCUUGACUUCGGUCAAUGGAUACAAUCAAGGAACAACUGUACUUGGUGGUCAACUAGCUGCAAACAACAAAACGGCAUUUUGGGUGGAUGAAACGGAAGCUGAUUAUACGGGAAUCACGUGUUAUCAUGGAGGAGAGCCGAACACUAUUUUGAUGAAUUCAUUCCCAGCUGAUUGUGGUAGAUGUCCGGAUGGGAUAUGGUGGAUCAGUUUUGCCGAUCAGCAAACCGAAAUUUAUCCAGAUUUUGUAUGCAAAGUGAUGCCUUUUGAGGGGGCAAAACAACGAAAAACUGCACGAAACUUGAAA